CUUCCUGUAAUGGCGGCGCCCUAGACCGCGCGGCCGGGCCCCUCAGCACCGCCAGUCCCCGCCGUCCCCGGCACCGCUGUCCCCGUCAGUGCCGUCUCUGCCACCGCUGUCACCUCUGCCACCGCCACCAUGCAUUCGGACGAUGUUGUCUGGAGCAUGCUGGGGAACAGGCAGUUCUGCUCCUACAAGAUGACCACCAAAACGCAGAAUUUCUGCAGGAACGAGUACAACCUGACGGGGCUGUGCAACCGCUCCUCCUGCCCGCUGGCCAACAGCCAGUACGCCACUGUCCGGGAGGAGAAAGGUCGCUGUUAUCUCUACAUGAAGACGAUCGAGCGGGCGGCGUUUCCCCGGCGCCUCUGGGAGCGGGUGCUGCUGAGCAAGAACUACGAGAAGGCUCUGGAGGAGAUUGAUGAGAACCUCAUCUACUGGCCCCGCUUCAUCCGGCACAAGUGCAAGCAGAGGUUCACCAAGAUCACGCAGUACCUGAUCCGCAUCCGCAAGCUGACCCUCAAGAGGCAGAGGAAGCUCGUCCCGCUGCGCAGGAAGAUCGAGAGGCGCGAGAACAGGCGAGAGGAGAAAGCCCUGAUCGCUGCCCAGCUGGACAAUGCCAUAGAGAAGGAGCUGCUGGAGAGGCUGAAGCAGGACACGUAUGGAGACAUCUACAACUUCCCUAUCCACGCCUUUGACAAGGCCCUCCAGCAGCAAGAGGCAGAGAGCGAGAGCGACUCGGAUGCAGAGAGGGAAGAAGAUGAUGAUGAGGAUGUGGAUAAGAGGGAGUUUGUGGAAGCAGAGGACAGCGAGCUCAGCGACUUUGAGGACAUGGAUAAGUUGGAGACAAGCAGUGAAGAGGAGCAGGAAGAGGAGGAAGAAGUAGAGAAGAAAGCCUCCCACUCCAAAUGGAAAGGGAAAACGCCCCUGAAGGGCCCAGCCAGGAGAAAACGGCCCCACAUUGAGAUAGAGUACGAGGAGGAAACAGAGCCCAGCACCAAGACAAAAGCAGCCUGAGCCCAGUUUGUACUGACUGACAGAACUCCAGCUGUGCCACCAGAGAGUGAGUGCAGCAUCUGUCACCCACCCCAGCCCUGCCCAGGAACUG